AUGGACCAAAUUUGGGAACCGGAAGAGGUCUUUUGGAGCAUUCUGGAGCAUAUGGGACAUAAGGAGCAUGGAGGGACUUGGCACAUGGAAGCAGCUCAACUGGAUACGCAAAGGAAGAAGGGAGAAGCCAUCUUGAAGACCAGCUCGACCGUCUACUCGACCAACCGGUCGAGUUCCUCAACUCGACCGGCCAAGCUUCAACUCGAUCGAGCUGAGAAGUCAAAGUCAAACCCGAAAAAUGUUGCUUCCCCCUUGACUUUCCUUUGA